UUGAAUUUGUGGUUAAAAAACGUAGUGAAAAUCGGAUACGUGGUUAUAGUACGAUGGUUGUGGAAGAAAAAAGUAGUGAAUCAUUGAGAGAAAAUCAAAUAAACGAUGAUACGACGUCGACGGAACAGAAGACGUACUCGUUGGAAAUUCUAAAAAUUAUAAAAGAAGCACAACAACAACAUGGGUUAAGACAUGGUGAUUAUCAACGAUAUCGUGGUUAUUGUUCAAGAAGACUUAGACGUCUUAGAAAAGUUUUAAAAGUUCCACAAGGAGACAAACGUCAUUUUAAAAGAAGAGAUGUAUUACCUGCAAUGGUUACUGAUGAUAAAUUUUUACAAGUUCCCUUAAUAAUGGCAGAACGUGCUUGGAGUUAUGCUAUGCAAUUACGACAAGAAUCUAACACAGAACCAAGGAAAAAGUUUCAUUUGAUAUCUAGACUAAGAAAAGCUGCUACAUAUUCUUUACAACUACAAGAAUUGAUAGAGAAUGUUAAUUGUGAUGCAAGAACAAAAUUAGAAGCUCAAGCAUAUGUUGCAUGGAUACAUGGAUCUUUACAUUUUGAACUACAACUUUGGAAAAAAGCAAUGGAAAAUUUGAAAAAGGCUCAGGUAGUAUAUGGAAAACUAGCUUCUGCAUUAUCAGAAUCUGAGCAAAUAAUGUAUAAUGCUCGUGUUGAGGAGCUUGCUCCAAGCCUUAGAUAUUGUGCCUAUAAUAUAGGAGAUACCACUGCCAUAGAUGACUUAAUGCAAAUGAGAGGUCAACUAAGUGGCGAAUUAUUAGCCAAUUUAGAUUCAUUGAUAGCUCAAACUCGAGAAAAACAAGCAAAUGCUGAAGAAGUGACUUGGCGUGGUCAAUCAUGUGGUAUAGUACCACCAAGAGCAGCUGGUCUUUUAAUUGCUGAUUCUAGAUUAAAUCAAACGUUAGAAAAAGCGGCAACAAAUCAAGCUAAAAUUGAUUUGCUGGAAGCACACUUAAUAGAUUGUAAAGAUGCAAUCUCAAUUGUACGAGAUUUAUUUAAGAAUGAAUUAAAGAACAAAGAUAACGAUAAACUAUCUUCUCCACAACAUUUAAUUACGUAUUUGCAGUAUAUCAGAUUGUCUCGUACAUUGGAAAGAAAUUUAGCAUUGAUCAAAGCAGCAGAAGAAUCUGCAAAAACGAAACCACAAGAUAUUGUACGAUUAUAUGAAGCAGCACUUCAUAAUCUUGUUGAAAUCUCACAGCUGCAAGAUGAUGAAGAAUUUAUACGCGAGCAAGAAGCUAAAACAAAGGGUUACAGAGCUUUUAGAUGUUAUUACAUGGCGCAAUCGUUAGCGAAUCUUCAUCGAUGGCGAGAAGCCAUGGCUUUAUAUCAAAGAUCUGCACAACAUGCAAAAGAUGCGCUUGAAAAUUAUGAUAAAGUGCUUCCAGAAUCAUUAAAAGAAGCUCUCCAAAAAUUAGAAAUUUCUAUAGAAGGUGCCAAGUACGCAGCACAUGCGCACAGUGUUUUAGAAGAUGGACAAGAAGAAGAAUCUGGUAUUAAUAAAUACACAAAAACGAAAAAACCUCUAUUUGAACGUUUAUAUGAAUAUAGAGAAGAUAAUGCGCUUCUUACGAAACAACCUAACGUUUAUAAAUUGCCACCAUCUAUGCAACCUAUUCCUUGCAAACCACUCUUUUUCGAUUUAGCUUUCAAUAUGGUUGAAUUUCCUGAUUUAAGCGAAAAACUUGGCGAUCAAGCUAAAAAAGGUGGCCAAGCUGGUCUUACAGGAUUUGUUAAAGGCCUUUGGGGUUGGGGAAAUAAAUAAAACAAGGAAAACAUUCGAAAAACAUUCGAUUUUAAAUAUUAUCAAACAUAAUACGAUAAUGUAUUUUUACGAUAUUCAUUUGCCAUGAUGAGAAUCAAGUUUUCACUUAUAAUAGCAAUAUUGAAUAACGAGAAAUAAAAAGAAUAUUAUUAAUAUA